GUUUGUUCAAAUUGGCGACUUGAACACUGUGCACCACCUGUGGCAAUUUGCGAAUCUUGAAGAACGCAAGAUUUGCCGGGAGCAGUCAUGGGGUAUCGAGGGAUGGGCAGAGACGGUGCACAAGACUGUCCCUCUCAUCCAAAGCAUGCAGAGCCGGAUUCUGAUUCCUAUGCCAUGGAGCCCCGUUGGCUAAAUGCAUUGUACUCCAUAGUCCAGGUCGAUAUGCGAUGAUAGGCAAGGUCUUCGGGAAGCGCCCAGUCCACGGCGAGUACUCUACCGAAGGAAACCGAGUAUCAAGGUUGUGGAUGAACCAAGAUCAAUGGGGCGCAAAUACACUGUAUGGCUUGGAGAACAGAGUCCGCCGAUCUCUGGGGGAAGAAUGUAACGGUUGCUCCAAGUUUCAGGCAUUAUUUACGGAGUACGGAAAGCUUGGUCGCUCCACUAUCCACUAUCGAAUUUCAACUAAAGCAGCCAUAGGGCUCUUAGUGUAUCCAAUCCGCACUAGCAUUAUCGUCAUUUCGUUUAUCAUUGUAUUUAGAAAUGGAUUCGGGAACAUCGUUCCACUGGUCUUUUCUCCAAGUUUACGUGUAUCACAUUACUUCUUUCCCGAUGGAUUCAUAUGCUGCCUCGGGUUGCUACUAGCAUGCUUUCUCUACCCCUCUUUUCUCUGCAAAUGAUGGACGACGAUCAGGCAAGUGACAACCAUCUGUGCGAAUGCACCGUGGUCUUGGGAGAUGACCCGGUCCUCCCAACAAAAAUACAUCCAGCGAAUGAGAGGACACACGUGGGUUGAGGAAGCCGGCAGAAUUUCUCCACCAAACUUCAAUUCUGACGACUCUCGUAAUUCGAUGCGGAUUCCUUUGCGACUCCCCGCGCGGCAUUU